CACAGCUGAACUGUGCACGAAACGGACAGGUUCGGUCCGCUUAGUGAGUCGCUGCUAACUGACCACAGAACCGAGCUGCAGAACCGGACCACGAGCUGGUUCAGAACCGGACCGUUGUGGUUCUGCUCUGCAACCGGACUGGGUGUCUGCUGGGCCCGUCAGUUCGGGAUAAAACGGAAAUUUCCGAUAAAAGAUGACAGCCGAACCCAGACUGGAUCUCCAGGUCUGAUCCAAACAACAGGAUCGAUAAUCAGUGAUUCCAGGAUCUGCUGUUUGGAUCGAACCUGCAGAACCUCCGGGCUUGGUUCUCAAGAAUCUUCCGUCUGUCCGAUCCAGAUUCCCAAAGUGGUCCCACCAGGGCCGGCCGAAGGCAUAUGCGAGUUAAGCAGCUGCUUAGGGGCCCCCAGUCCACCAGGGGCCCCGAGAGCAGCAGGCCAGUGUAGCAGUGUGAUGUUGUUACACUAGAUUGUAAAGUGAGAAGCUAUUCCGGUAGGAAGUCAUAUGAGCACCGGCAGCUUUUAUUUUGGAAAGAUGACAGAUCCAUUGCAUAACAGCGGGUUACUUCCUGUUUCAAAAUUAUUAUUUUUAUUCCAAUUUAAUGUAUUGCGGAUGAAAAUGUGAAUUAUUAUCUUUACUGUUGAACAUAUUGAGUUCAUGGAUUGUAGUUCUGCGUGUCAGUUCGGGUUUUAAAAGACAAAUUAACGGAUCAUAACUUUAUAGUCUGUGAAGGUUUUUCCCUCUCCGUCUCUUUCUGUUCGGAUUCCGGGGGAGAAGGAAGCGGCCAUGUUGUGAUGGGAGGAAGAAGAGGAGAUGGCAGCGGAGCUUUUCUCCACCAGCCUUCCUCACGGCGAGGACGAGGAAGAGGAGGAGACGAAGAAGAACUUCGUCCAGCUGAGCGAACCUGAGGAAUCCGCCGAGCGGAACACCGUCGGCAUCGACGACGACGACGAUGAUGAUGAUGAUGAUGAUGAUGAGAGACUCAGCUGGCAGGGAGCCCACCCCACCCUGAGGGAGAGGAACGCUCUGAUGUUCAACAACGAGCACAUGGCCGACAUCCACUUCAUCGUGGGUCCACCUGGAGAAACGCAGACGGUCCCGGCUCAUAAGUACGUCCUGGCGGUCGGCAGCUCUGUGUUUGGAGCCAUGUUCUAUGGAGAUCUGGCGGAAGGACAGUCGGAAAUCCACAUCCCGGACGUGGAACCAGCUGCUUUCCUCACCCUGUUGAAGUACAUGUACAGCGAUGAAGUGGAGCUGGACGCCGACACGGUUCUAGCCACGCUCUACGCCGCCAAGAAGUACAUCGUCCCGGCCGUGGCGAAGGCGUGCGUGGGCUUCCUGGAGACGAGCCUGGAGGCCAAGAACGCCUGCGUGCUGCUGUCCCAGAGUCGGCUGUUUGAGGAGGCGGAGCUUACGGAGCGCUGCUGGGAGGUGAUCGACGCGCAGGCCGAGCUGGCGCUGCGGUCUGAAGGGUUCUGUGAGAUCGAUCGGCCCACGCUGGAGAUUGUCCUGCAGAGGGAGACGCUCAACAUCCGCGAGGCAGCGGUGUUCCAGGCGGCGCUGAACUGGGCGGCGGCAGAGUGCCGGCGCCAGGGACUGCCGGUGAUCCCUCGGAACCAGCGGGCCGUGCUUGGGAAGGCUCUGUACCUGCUCCGGGUCCCCUCCAUGUCUCUGCAGGAGUUUGCAGACGGACCGGCGCAGUCGGAGGUUCUGACACUGGUGGAGACCCAUAACAUCUUCCUGUGGUACACUGCCACCAACAAACCCCAACUGGACUUCCCUGUGGGGAAACGGGUCGGCCUGGCGCCGCAGUGGUGCCACCGCUUCCAGGCGUCCGCCUAUCGCAGCAACCAGUGGCGCUACAGGGGGCGCUGUGACAGCAUCCAGUUCGCCGUAGACCGCAGGAUCUUCAUGGCCGGGCUGGGCCUGUACGGGUCAAGCGGCGGGAAGGCCGAGUACAGCGUGAGGAUCGAGUUGAAGCGACAGGGAACCCUUCUGGCCCAGAACCUCACCAAGUUUCUAUCAGAUGGGUCAAGCAGCACCUUCCCCGUCUGGUUCGAACACCCCGUCCAGGUGGAGCAAGACACCUUCUACACGGUCAGCGCCGUCCUGGACGGGAACGAGCUCAGCUACUUUGGACAGGAGGGAAUGACCGAGGUGCAGUGUGGGAAGGUGACCUUCCAGUUCCAGUGCUCCUCGGACAGCACCAACGGUACCGGAGUGCAGGGGGGGCAGAUCCCAGAACUGAUCUUUUACUGCUGAAGCUGGACCUGACGGCCUGAAGGCCUCAAUCCAGGAGGGAUAGUCUGGUUCUGAUAGCGUUAGCAGCUACAAUACUGAUAGCAUUAGCGGCUACAGUACUGAUAGCGUUAGCGGCUACAGAUCUGAUAGCGUUAGCGGCUACAAUACUGAUAGCAUUAGCGGCUACAGAUCUGAUAGCGUUAGCGGCUACAAUACUGAUAGCGUUAGCAGCUACAGUACUAAUAGCGUUAGCGGUUCUGGUUCUGAUAGGUUGAGGUGUUUCAAUCAUUAAAGUUAGUGUGAUUGAAAUUGCAGUUUGUUUUUAUGUGAUGUAGUUUCCUGCAGCCACCACCAGAGGUCACUAUAGAUAAACCUUUCUUCAGCAGAGAGCAUGCUGGGAAAUGUCAUUCUGUAGGUCUAAUCGCUGCUGUUUUAGCUAAAUUUGACAUGUUACUGGCGAGUCACGUGACCUGAUGCGACAGGAAGUCUCACCGAUGGCGGGCGCGUUGAUGCACAGCUCCCGGGCCAACAGCAGGAAGGUCUUCCCCAGGAUGUAGACGUUCACCUGGACACAGAGACGCUCUGUGAUUGGUCCAGAGCUCAGAGACGCUGCAGCUGGCUGCUCCCAUGUUGCUCUUACCUGCAGCAGGUCGCUCAGGUCCAGUAGCAUGUCUGAAGCCCAGUUCAGGAAAGAAACGGGUCGAAUCAGAACCGGUUCACUCACUGAACGAUUCCUUGAGUUCUGAACGGGUUCUUCUUUAUUCUGCAGCUGCUGAUCCGACUGACAGGGAAGGAAAUCCAAUAAAAAAUACAUUUUUAUUCAUUUCUUCUGUUUUUCUUUACAAAGGAAGAAAUUUUUAUUUUUUUUAAUAUUUUCAGGACUUGAUUUUUAUUUACAUAUCUACAUAGAAUAAAGAUACAACUGCCUUUUUAUUUUUCUACUUUUUAAACUAUAAUAUAGUCAUUUUAAUAGUUAUUUAGAUUUUUCGGAAUUAGCUUCCCUUUGUUACAUUUGUUACUUCAGAGACAAUCAGGUUUGAGGUUGUAUUUAAAGAGAGAUUAGUAAUUUGAGGUAAUCUCAAAUUUAACAAAAAUUUAAGAAGUAGGAAGAUAAAACACUUUCUUUUCAUUAGAACAUUUUUUAUUUAGAAAGAUUAUCAUACCUUACUUUUAUUAGUGGAUAAUCUCAAUAAAAAAAUAAUUUGGAGUUUAAAAACUAAGAUGUGGAAAGACAAGCAGCAGGCAGGUGGCUGGUUGCUAGGAUACGGGGCGUGCCUUCGGUGCGGCACACCAGGUAGAGGCAGGCGGCGAUGACGUGCUCCGUCCGCCGGCCUCUGGUCAGGUGUUUGCUGACGACCAGCUUGAAGAAGUUGAAGGCCGUGUCCAGGCAGUGCUGGUUGAGCUGCAGCUGGCUGCCCAGCUGCUGGAUCUGACGCUUACCUGCACACACACACACACACACACACACACACACCUGGAGUCACACCUGGAGACGCGUCCCAGACGAAGACGCGUCCUGAACUCACCGUUCUGCAGCGUCUGGGCUCUGGACUCCUUUCCGACGCCGGUGUGGAAACCAGAACCGAGGAGUGGAGCUUUAACUGGACCUGGCAGCAGACGGACACUCUGAUCAUUAAAUGAAGUGUAAUUUUAAUAAAGAGUUUCAUGUUAAAAUAUGUUUGACUCUAUAUGGAGGGUUUAGUCUGAAGAAAUUCAAUGUGAAAAGUUCAUAAUAAUUCCAGAGCAUAUUUAAAACUUAACAGGAUUAUUGUUAGAAUUACAAUAAUUACCUAAACGACAAAACGUUUAUUAAAUAAAUUAUUUAAAAAUAUAUCAUUUGAUAAAUUUCCAGCAGUCAGUUCACAUUUAUUCUAAUAUUUGGUGCAGAAUUCAGAAGCUUCUGCAGGAAACGUUUCCAUUAUGGAUCCCUGGUCAGAACCAUUCUGGGUUCUAACGACCCGUUUAAGACUCGGCUCGGGUCCAGCUCAGUCUCAGCCAGUGGUUCUGAUAGGAGAAGCCCAGUCUGAGUCCAGGCCCGGUUGGUACCGGUACCGCUCACAUGGGAACGCAGGAGGUUUCAGCUGCAAUCAUCCACAAGCAGCUUCACCUGGACUCCCUCCCUGGUUACUAUGACAACCAGGUGAUUAGCCCACCUGGUGCUCUCCUCAGUGGAGUCGGAGCUGCAGCCAGUUUUCUGGAGGAAACUCUUUACAAAAUCUGAAUCGCUUGUCUACUUUUAAAUGACCAGAGGGGACAGUUCCAUUCUGGACAGGUGAGGGCUCACCUGUGCUGCUGCUUCAUGAGAGGAACCAGGGUCCGGGGCCAGUCGGAGGGUAAAACAGCAGAUUUUGGCUCCGAUUCCUCCAAGUUAACUGUUUCUCUACAAACCUCCAGGUCUGUCAGGAAUGUCUGAUUUCAUUCUGCUGCUCCUGACCAGCCUCUGGUCGGAGCUCACAUGUUGGCAGGAGAUGCUCGGUCAUGAAAACGCUCUUCCAGCCGUUCUCUGGGUUUCUGGAGGCCCAGGUGAUGGCAGCUUCACCACAGUUUUCCGGAACAUUCCUGACCUUUGACCUUCAGUUGUUGAGCAGAUUUUCAGGUGUGGCUCAGUCGGAGUGUCAGGAUCGGUACCUGUGGGUCCGCCUCGCUUCGAAGCCAUUGGUCAGUUCUUCUUCACUGAACUCGAUGCCGGGAGCGUCCGCGUCUCUGAUGUCCUCAUUUAGACGCAGACGGACGGCGACCCCUGCGCCGCCAGCGGAUGGACGGCGACCCCGGCGUCUCGCCUCCCGCUGUGGUUACACCACCAGCACCGUCACGCCGGACAGCUUCACCGUCUUCAGAGCAUCGUUUUUCUCCUGCUUCACCCACAACCAGCUUCGCCUCCCAAACUUCUUGUUUAAAAGGCGUGUCCACCUGUCCUGAAUCCCCCCUGCCGGUUGAUGACCUCAACCGGUCUUUGCACCAGGCGUUCCGGUUGAUGAUGUUCCAGUUGAGACUAUUCAGGUGUCUCUGUCUCUGCUGCUGAUUGGCCUGCACACUCAGUCAGCUCACACAGAACAAAAGAGACAAUCAGGAGUUCACCGUUUACCUGGGAUGUCAUCUUGGAGGAAGUCUGGAUUAACGGGCCUCAGCCAAAACCCUACGAGCUGUGACUGCAGUAACUAACCUUACAGCUGGGUUCUGGACAGCGUUCGGGUUGGUUUGGAACUAAAGGUCCACCGACACUGAAUGAAUGUUCAGUUGGUUCAAAGAUGCAUUCAUGGGUCUUUAGUUUAACUCGGUUAAAACAGAAGUGAGAAAACAAACUGUGAACAGAAUCCUGCUAUUUUCUCAGAUGAAAACUGAGAAUGUGAAGUAAACCCAAACCCUGACUUGUUAGACGCUCUAACCCGGUUCUGUCUCUGUAGGUGAGCGGUUCUGAUCGCUGUUGCCUCCAUGUUGAUUAAUAAAUAUUAUUUAUCAGUUCUGGUCCUUGUUUUAUUCCUGAUGUGGCUCUAGAGGCACCGCUGGAUGUUUUGCAGAAAUUGGGUUUAUUAAAGGUUCUCAGUGGUGCAACAUUCUGCUAAUACCAGAGCAACUUUGUUGUUUGUUUGGUUUUUUUAUGCUGUUCUUGCUUUGAAAACAUUUAAAUAUCAUCUACAGGUGAAUUUACUUGGUGGCUUUGAAAACCUUCAGUUGAAUUUUACUCUGAAGUGUUAAGAAUUCAAGUAAAUGUUUACAUUCAUGCUCUUAUUUUGAAAUGCAUGUAUCAACAUUGUUGCAUGUUGACCAACCUGCAGUUGGUGCUUUAGCAUUUUUAAAAGGCAAAUAAAAACAUUUUCUCAG